UUGUUUAACUGCCUAUUCAUUGUGUCUAUAUAAAGAAACUCCCUUUCUAUUACUAAGUCUCCAAGAAAAACAAAUAUCUUGCAAGAUGAAGCUGUUCUUCAUUUUUGUUGCUCUCAUUUUACUACUUCAGGUUUAUUUGGGACAUUCAGUCAUCAAUAGUGCUGCAAAUUCUCCAGCCAACAUUGAUGAAGAAAGUGAUUUGGUUGCCAUUGACAAGAAACACCACUACCAUCAUAAGAAAAUCAAUUGCGGAUACGCGUGCUCGAGGAGAUGCAGGAAGUCAUCAAGGAAGAAUGUGUGCCACAGAGCAUGCAAGACUUGUUGCUCUCGGUGCCACUGUGUUCCUCCUGGUACCUAUGGGAACAAGCAACUUUGUCCUUGCUAUGCAUCUCUCAGAACUCACGGAAACAAGCUUAAGUGCCCUUAGAUCAAUUUAUUAAUUGCUGCUUAAUUAGUAAUUCUAUGUUCUGUAAGGGAAUAAAUUCAAGUUAUAUGUACAUAUGCUUGAAAAACACUCUAUUUAUUAUCUAUAUUGAGGAAAUACUAUUAUUUUGGACCUCUAUAUAUAUGACAUAUGUCGUGUAUUAUUUGUAAUAAGUGGAGUUUAUUCUUAUUUGAGUGUCUCCCUCUUUGUUGUAAUAUAGCUACUACUAACAUUGAGUUGCAGCUACUGUUUCAGUUAAA